AUGACGCUAUAUCUCACGGACCACACAACGCCGGAGGAAAUUGAACUGGCCAAAAAGAGUGGAAUAGUGUAUGCUUGCAAGUAUUACCCUGCUGGAGCGACAACGAACAGUGACAAUGGCGUUACCGAUAUCCAUAAUGUCUACAGUGUUCUACGAAAAAUGGCAGAGUUGGGAAUGCCACUGUGCGUUCAUGGCGAGGCAACAGAUCCGUCGAUCGAUAUUUUUGAUCGAGAGGCUGCUUUCGUCGAGUCCGUGUUGAAACCUCUCCAUGCAGAUCUUCCGGAGUUAAAGAUCAUCAUGGAACACAUUACAACCAAGCAGGGAGUCGAAUUCGUAUUGAACGGCGGUGCGAAUGUCGGAGGAACCAUCACCCCUCAGCAUCUGAUGUACAAUCGCAACCAACUCCUCGUCGGCGGCCUGAAGCCCCAUUUCUACUGCCUGCCGAUUCUGAAACGCGAGGAGCAUCGCCAGGCGCUGAUCCAAGCGAUUCAGUCGGGCUGCAAGCGAUUGUUUUUGGGAACCGAUUCCGCGCCGCACGUGCGAGAGACGAAGGAAUGCAAGAAGGCCUGCGCUGGAUGCUUCAGCGAGUUUCUGAGCCUGGAGCUGUACGCGGAGAUCUUCGAAGCGAACGGGUGUUUGGAUAAGCUGGAGGCGUUCGCGGCGGAGAACGGAGCCGAUUUUUAUGGACUGCCGCGGAAUGAAGAGUUCGUGGAGCUGGAGAGAAAGGAGUGGAAGGUGCCGGAGAGCUACGAGUUCGGAGACUCGGUGGUGGUGCCGUUGAAGGCGGGAGAAAUGAUGCGUUGGAAGUGUGUGGAGAGAGAGUAA